AUGCAGUGUGAAUUCCCCGACGAAGACAUUAUGGUGGUGCUUCAGGAGGAAGAAACACCAAAAGAAGGAAAAUGGAUCAUGUUGUUUGAUGGAGCAUCCAACGUACUAGGGCACGAGAUUGGAGCUAUUUUAAUUUCCCCAGAAAAACAAUACAUCCCAAUCAUAACAAGCUUGUGCUUUGAAUAUACAAGUAAUGUGGCAAAGUAUGAAGUAUGUACUUUGGGGCUUCAGGCAACCGUAGAAUCAAAAGUUAAAAAACUUAAAGUCUAUGGUGACUCGACCUUGGUCAUUAACCAAUUGAAUGGUGAAUGGGAAACUCAAGAUGCCAAGCUAAUUCCUUAUCAGACUUACAUUAAGGAAUUGAUGAAGCAAUUUGAGGAAAUUUCUUUUGAUCAUAUCAUUCAGGAAAAUAAUCAGUUGGUGGAUGCAUUAGCCACCUUGUCCUUUAUGUUUGCAUUGAGCGAGGAUGAAGACAUGCCACACACAAAGAUCCAAUGUUGUGGAAAACCAGCAUAUUGUCAUUUGGUAGAGGAAGAGUUAGAUGGAAAACCGUGGUACUAUGACAUCAAGAAAUAUAUCAAAAGUCGAGAAUAUUCACCAAGUGAUUUAGAGAAUGAUAAGAGAACCUUGAGAAGGUUAUUAAUGAAUUUCUUUUUGAAUUGA